CACGAGGUAAGUAACCAGUUCUCAGAAUCAAAAGCCAAAACCACGCCGUUUUCUUCUACUUCUACGGUGGUGGUGGGAACACCAAACCCUAAUUCUUAUGUAAUCCUCCUCCCCCUUCCGCCGUGGGUCAACACCCAAAGCCGCUCCUCAAUAACCCUAAUUUCCCCAACAGCCCCAAUUUCUCCAAUAACCCACUUCGACACUCCCAACUCUGUCCAUGGACUCGGAAAGGCUCACACUUUCCCGAGAAAACCCUAGAGUCGCUUUUUCCCCGCACACCGCUGGAAAGGCCAUGCCCGGUGCUGAGUUGACUCAGAAGCCCCAGCCUCCGACUCCGAUAGUGGACCGAUUCAGGGCUCUGCUCAAGCAGCGGGAGGAGGACCUCAGGGUUUCGCCCGACGACGAGGUUUCGCCGCCCAGCACCGAAGAAAUCGUCCAUCUUUACGAGAUUGUAUUGUCGGAGCUCAUCUUUAAUUCGAAGCCCAUCAUUACCGAUCUCACCAUCAUCGCCGGCGAACAGAAGGACCACGGAAAGGGCAUCGCCAACGCCAUCUGCGCCCGCAUUCUCGAGGUCCCGGUCGAGCAUAAACUGCCUUCACUGUAUCUUUUAGACAGUAUUGUCAAGAAUAUUGGCCGAGAAUAUGCCAAGUUUCUCUCUUCCCGUCUUCCUGAGGUCUUUUGCGAGGCAUACAGGCAAGUACACCCUAAUCAGCACCCUGCCAUGCGCCACCUCUUUGGCACUUGGUCAGCAGUAUUUCCACCUUCAGUCCUUCGCAGGAUCGAAGAGCAACUGCAAUUUUCUCCGCAAGCAAACCAACAAUCAUCAGGAUUACCACCUUUGAGGACUUCUGAAUCUCCUCGACCAGCUCAUGGCAUCCAUGUCAAUCCAAAAUAUUUGCGUCAGUUGGACAGUUCAGAUGUAGAUGGUGUUGUAUCCCAAAGAUUUAACUCAACAGGAAGUGUGAGUCAUUCACCUUUUGCCCUGGGGUCCAAUCAAUUACACCCAUCUUCAACUGCUAGGCUUGCAAGAUCUUCGUCGCCUUCUAAUAUUGGGCUUGAUAGGUCUUUGCCAUCAGCAGUUGAUGAAUAUGCAGCAGAACAGUCUCCAAGAAGGUUUGUUGAGAGGGCUUCCCCAUCUAAUUCUGUGUUUGAUUAUAGACUUGGUGGAGCAAUGGGUAAAGAUGAGGAGUCGAAUGAAUGGCGGAGAAAACGCUAUCUUGAUGGUAGUCAGAAGCGGUUUGAUACUUCUGCUGCAUAUAAUGGAGUUGACCAUCCGAACCCAAGAGCUUUAAUUGACGCAUAUGGGAAGGACAGUGCAGAUAGAAGUUUAAAUGAUAAGCCUCUGCUGGUUGGGCGGCUGGGCCUGAACAGUUUAGAUCAUAAGGCAACUCCAAUGUCAUGGCAGAAUACUGAGGAGGAAGAGUUUGACUGGGAAGAUAUGACCCCAAAUUUAGCAGACCAUGGUCAGGGUAACGAUUUCAUGGCUUCAACUGUACCGCCUUCUAGAAGCUACAAGGCAAGCCAUGGAACACAGAAUGCAAGCUCCUUGGAGCCAGAUGUUAGGAGUACUUGGUCUAGUCAGGCACAUCCACCUUCAGCCGAACAGUCCUCUAUUGUAGCUGAAGAUUCAGUUCCCCCACUUCGUUUUGGUCAUGGAUCAUCGGGUGCUGUGUCUCGAUUUCAGUCUGAGAAAAAUCAUAAUCUGGGUUCUCGCUACCCUCAAGAAGCCUGGAAUAUGCCUUUCCAUCACUUGCAGCCUUUGCUGAAUCCCCUUAAUGCCAAAGGAAGAGGAGGGAAUAUUCAGACGCCCUUUGUGACAAGCGGUAUAUCUUCAGGUGGUGAGAAAAUGUCUGCCUUUAAUGACAAGCUUCUAGAUGUUGAUAUACGACUUCAUGGGCCCAUUACAUCAAGAAUGGGUUCCUCUAGUGUUCACUCUGUUACUGCUGACUCUCGAUCUGUGAUGCCAGUGUCAAUGGGUUUAAGGCCUCCAGUAAACGUGCAUAAUUCUCACCCUCCCCAAGUGCACUCAGUUUUUGCAAUGCAGAACCAGAGGAAUCUGUACGGUUCAAUAAAUUAUAGCAAUACUGUAAAAAAUCAAGGCCCAUAUAAUCCUUUAUGCAUGCCGGAGCAGCAGUUAGAUGGCUAUGAAAACAAGGAGUCAAGAUCGACAAAGUCAACUCAGGUGCCACAAUAUCGUCCCUUACAACCACAGUAUCGUCCACCUCAGGAGGCACGGGAGAAUAUUUUUUCAUCUGCAGAAACUCAGGUGCCAUCUUAUUUAGGGGUACCACCCUUAAAUCACGGAUACACUUUGCGAGGUCCCGUACCUCGUCAACACUUGGGCAUACCAACCCCCUAUAACCCAAAUGGCAGUUCGCAGUUCUCCUUGCCACCUUUACCACCAGGUCCUCCUCCCUCGCAAGGCAUACUUUCCGUCCAAAACCCUGGUUCAGUUGUCUCUAGCAAUCAGCCCGGCAAUGCCUAUUCUGGUUUGAUUAGUUCUCUCAUGGCUCAAGGUUUGAUCUCAUUGACAAAUCAAAGCCCUGUCCAGGAUUCUGUAGGAGUCGAAUUUAAUGCCGACCUUCUCAAGGUGCGUCAUGAAUCUGUAAUAAGUGCCCUAUAUGGUGAUCUCCCUAGACAAUGCACAACCUGUGGCCUUAGGUUCAAGUGCCAAGAAGAGCACAGUAGUCAUAUGGAUUGGCAUGUAACAAAGAAUCGCAUGUCUAAAAACCGCAAGCAGAAGCCCUCUCGCAAAUGGUUUGUAAAUACAAGUAUGUGGCUCACUGGUGCAGAGGCAUUGGGUACUGAGGCAGUCCCUGGAUUUUUGCCUGCUGAGACCAUAGUGGAAAAGAAGAGUGAUGAAGAAAUGGCUGUUCCUGCCGAUGAGGAUCAGAAUUCGUGUGCAUUAUGUGGAGAGACUUUUGAUGACUUUUAUAGUGAUGAGAAUGAAGAGUGGAUGUAUAAAGAUGCUGUGUACAUGAAUGCACCUGACGGAGCAACAGGAGGCAUGGAUAGGUCACAAUUAGGUCCUAUUGUGCAUGCUAAAUGCAGAUCCGAGUCAAGUGUGGUCUCCCCUGAAGGUUUUGGACAAGAUCAAGGGGUACAUCUCCACUUUUCAUAGGAAUUAUUGAAGAGGGUAGUCAAAGAAAACGAUUGCGGAGUUAACAUAGUUAGAUCGACUUCCAUGUUCACUGUAACAUUAUAUGAGUUUCUUCAUUUUUAUGGUAUUCUCUCAACUUUUUUAUUUUUCCUCAUUUUGUUGGAGUAUGCAGCACAUUGGCUUUUUCAAGCCAGCUUGUACAUGAAUAGUGGAAUUUGUACUCAUGCACAUUAUCUUGCGGCAAAAGGUUACAGCUUCUCUUGCCAUGUUGAGUAUCUGGCAUUUUAUGUUUUCUGUCAAAACAACCCAGAUAGGGCUCUUAAAACCGAAAUCUGUCGUCUUUUUCAGACAUUUAGACUAUCUUUUAAACACGAUAAGAGUGGGGAUGGCUUGGUUUUACUUUGCACUUUGCAGCGUGCUCCGAGAGAGGAGGGAGAACUGUUGGAUCAAAUUCUGUUAACUGAUGGAACUUCUUCUGCAAUACAUAUUUUGUGCAUCGUUGCGUAUACAUUCUGCAGGGGAGUGCUUUCUUGCUCUUCUCAGAAACAUCAAUUUAAUGGAAGCUCAAGUGGAACCGAAAUGUGAAGAUGUUGAUGCCCAUUUUCUUUUUUAUUUGUUUUCUUAAGUCAUUUAAAAUUACAGUGUACGCUGGUUCUGCUGACUUUUCCAGAUAGCAAUGGUGAAGUUCGUGCAAUUUCCAAAUUAGUUGUACUGUGGAUUCUGUUGAAAUUUUAAUAAAAGUUAUACUCAUAUCAA